AUGCCAAAUGAGAGUGGCUCGGUGUCGGAACUGCUCCUGCUCCUGCUCCCGCUCCUGAUGAUUGCCGUGGCAUUGAUCUUUAUUCUUAUCGCGCCGUUCGUCAUGUACUUGAUCCUUAGGUUUCGGCCUGGUAUUGCUCUCAUGGAUGGGGAUGGGCCUGUCCACGUGGCCUACGAAGAACAACUGGAGUCUUCCGGCGCCUUUCAACGCGCGUAUCAGCGGUGGCUUGAGCAGGUGGACGAUGCAACGCGUGCAGGCUACGAGCUUGCGCAAAGGUGGUGCUCCAACCAUCCUCCCAUGCCUUCCCGGGACACAGACAUUACAAUACCUCAAUUUUUGGGGAUCCAAGAGAAAGGCGUAAGUGCGUGGAGUUUCGAUCCCGCAUAUGAAGCAAACCAGGGUGUGAUGGUCUCUGCACGCACUGAGAUUCAGUUCUUGCCCGAUAGUCCAGGUAUGGCGCCUGAGGAGGGCGGUGCUUGUACUAUUCAGAGCAACUUGCCGUUGCCCAAGAGCAACGAGGUAUACUAUUGGGAGUCGAAAAUUUUUCAAAAGCCGACCAAUACAACUAUCGCCAUUGGUCUCAGUACAAAACCAUACCCUACAUUUCGUUUUCCAGGCUACUGCAAAAAUUCUGUCGGUAUUUUCUCCCAAGACGGUUUCAAAUGCUACAAUCACCCAUUCAAUGCACAGUCUUAUGGCACACCAUUUGUCAAGGGCGAUGUAAUCGGUGUCGGUUUCCGCCCACGAACCGGCUCCGUUUUCUUCACGCGCAAUGGCGUGCGAAUGCCUGAGGCCUUUAUUGGCCUACAAGGCUACAAUCUGUUCCCCACCAUUGCUGCUGAUGGCGCUGCUGAAGUUCACGUCAACUUUGGUCAAGCUGGUUUUGUUUUCAUCGAAGCAAAUGUGAAGAAAUGGGGGCUUGCACCUAUGGUCGGUACUUUAGCACCGCCUCCUGCUUACGGACAGGACAAAGACAGCGUUCUUAUUGAGGCAAGCAAUGCGCCAAGCACCUCUGCGCAGCUUGCAGCUGAUGCACGUACUGGCGAAUUGGUCCGUGUACCUCCCUAUGAGCCGCUAGUCCGCCCUGCUGUUAUCAACGAGCAUUCGGAUUCGGCUUCUUAUCAUGCGCCCCUACCUGGCCUUCAACGAGCCUUGUCCUCGCAAGGAAUUCAUCUUGAUACUCUGAAUAUGAACGAUCCUGAUGAUAUGUCUCAACCGCCACCUUAUUUUGAACGCGGCUGUGGUUCCCCAGUGCUCGAAAUACGCUCGCAGGAGUCCAUUGAACAUCGGGACGAAAAUCAAAACGAGAACCGCAGCAGAAGCGAAAGUGAUGAUGUUCGAGCUCGUCAUGGUGCAAUGUAUGCGUUCCGUAACUGGGUUACGACUUGGCGUCGUGCUAGACGUGAUACGUCCUCGGGUACGCCCGAAACUCCUUCUACUGAACUCGUCGGUGUGACCAUUGAUUAG